AUGGGGGUGUGCGGCAGUCAUAUGCUGUUCCAUAUAUCCAGAGCCUGGAGCAGUGACCCAGGAGCGGUUUUCCCCACACAGAGCCCCCAAGGUUAUGACUGUUCACACAUCUGGGAAAGAAACAAUGGAUCUGUCAGUAGGGUUUACACAAUAAAACCUCUAGGUGCCAGCACAUCUGUUCAGGUAUUCUGUGAUAUGAAAGCUGAUGGGGGCUGGACACUCAUACAGAGACAUGAUGGACAAGAUGGUCUACUCUUCAACAGAAUUUGGGCUGAAUACAAGCAGGGAUUUGGAAACAUCAUAGGAGAACAAUGGCUGGGACUGGAUAACAUGUAUGUGCUGACCAACCAGAAUGGCAGAAACUCUGAAUUAUUCAUCAGCCUUGAUGCCUUUGAUGAUAGCCUUGGCACCUAUUCCUUGUACAGCUCAUUUAAAGUUGGUCCUGAAAGCAAAUUCUACCAACUCUCCUUGGGAGUAUAUUCUGGAAAUGCAGGAGAUGCUUCCAGAACUGGAAAUGGCAAUCAAGAUGGCAGCUUUUUUAGCACCAAAAAUAAGGACAAUGACAACUGUAGCAUAUGCAAGAUUGGUGACACCAGGUUUACCAGUUGCAGCCAGUAUCAGUCUAAUUCUGGAUGGUGGUUUAGCAGUUGUGGCAAUGCGAAUCUGAAUGGUCAGUGGCGCCCUCAAGGAAAUAAUGUGGGCUGGGCCUCUUCAGUGUCCUGGGGGACAUACAGAGUAACAGAAUCACUGAAAUACAGCAAGAUGUGUGUUAGAAAUUACUGACCUAUUCUUAUGCUGUAUGUUUGUAUAUAGGUACAUAACAUGCACAACAGGGGUAAAAAAAAUCUUCUGUCACUGUUUUAAUUUAUUAAAAUUGUAUUGUUUAAAUGAGAACUAAACCCCCCAAUAGGAAAAGCCCCUACCUACUACCCUAGAUAGCCCCCCCCCCCACCCUGCUUCCCCCAGCAAAGUUCAUUACCUCUGAAAGUGUCCUGAAUACAUUGCUAAUGUAUAGGUGCAGAGUGAGUGCAGUGGAGCUCAUGGACGACAUCUUUCAGAUCUUUGGUCUUCUUUUAGUCCUCUUCCUUCCCUUUUGGAAGACUACGCAUGCGCCAAUACAGCGAUCCCUUACAGAUGAAGACCGAAGAUUCAGAAGAUGGCGACCAUGAGCUCAGCUGUACUAACUGUGCACCAAUACAUGAGCAAUGUAUUCUGGACACUUCCAGGGGUAAUGAACUAUGGGGGGGAAUCAGGGUGGGGAGGCUAUCUAGGGUAGUAGGUAGGGGCUUUUCUUAUUGGAAGGGGUUAAGCUCUCCUUUAAAGGUAAACUAUACCUUCAGAAGGAAUACUUAACCAAUAGAUCAUUUAUAUCAUAAUGUAGAGAGACCUCUUGAAGAUUUAUCAAGUUGGCAUACAAGAGCUGACCUUUUAUUUUCUUUUAGAUUGAGCAAACAUUAUGUAAUGUACUUUGUGUCACUCACUGUAACAUGCAGCUCUAACUGCAGCAAGAAGAAGCCUGAGUAAAAAAGACACUGUUCUGUCAAUUCAUUGGCUGAUAACUUAACAUGUAUGUGAGCCCUUGGUUUUUCUGUGAAUACAGAGCAUCAUAUAAGCCAGGUGGCAGACUUUACUGGUUAAAAUUCCCUUUUUCUAUAUGGAAUUAUCCAAUGAUACACACUACUAGAAAAUGUAUUUUUCAUGAAAAGACUAUUUUUAUGAAGCAAUGUUUUACAUAUUUAUUGUUUUAUAUGAUAUAAUUUUAAAGAGACCUGUAGCGUUCAAGGGUAUAGUUUCCCAGUUAUCUCCCAUAUCCUUGCUAACAAGGUAAUAAUCUUUCAUACGAGACAAAGAAGCAGCUAAUGUUUGAUAUAAUAUGCUGUAUUGCUGUAAAUAGUUUAUUAGAUCUGUGUUGUACCUCUGUUUUUUAUUCCUAUUAAUGUGUUUUUUUAUUCCUAUUGUUGUUUUAUUUUGUUGUUAUUUUUAUGUCUUUUUUAUUCACUGAACACUUGAAUAAAAGCCAAAAGAAAACAUAAUCUUUGCAGGAAUGUAUUGAAUUGCUGUGUUUGAUGAAUUUUGGCAUUAAACAGCAUUCUUGGUGCCACUAGAAGCUAUUGGACUCUAUAGCUCAGUUUUGGGCCCUGUGUAGUCCUCCUCCCUUCCCCACUUGCAGUUAGUUGGUCCACCACUCAAAAACCAACUUUCUAGUGUACCUUAAACACUUUUGAUGGUUUUAAAGUUAUUUGUAAAUGCAAGUGCAGCUGAAAGGUUGAAAGCAGUGUUUGUCGGGUCUUAAAACAAUGCAACAGAAAUAACAUCUCCUUCAGGUCAGAGGGCUUGCAACAUUUGAGCAAGUAGAACAGAGGAUGUACUCAGUCAGAUAGAAACUGUAUCAAUAGCAAU